AUGGGUUCCGGACAAUCUACGAAUUCAGACACGCCAUACAUACACUCCGAAGACGAGCAUCUCUCAAUUUUUGGAUUGGGGAAAGAGCGGAGGAUAUCAGGGGAUCUGAUCGAUCCGCAACCAUUCUACAAAGAGCUUGGGAAUCCAUCAUCCAUCAUACAUAGCGAGAGGCGCCCUGUCCAGCACCUUCUCCGGCAACAAGACUAUACAAAUGAUCAAGCUGCGCGAGCAUUUCCGAUUUCCGACCUCUGCCUAGCUGUUGCUCCAAAUGCCAACGUACAUUCUGCCGGUUAUCCAAUGUCUAGUCAGCCGCCUGCCCUUCAUGGCUUAAACACCAACGCCAAUCAUCCAUAUUUUCCCUGGCGUGGCUCAGCGAUUGAUGACCGAAGUUCCACAUCUGCCAAUAAUUCCUCAUACGCCAACCAGCCUACCUCCAACCCGCUGGGUACCCAGCAUGGCUAUCACCAAACCUCAAAUGCACAUUCCUGUGAGCUAUACGAUGGGACGAGGCAGCUUGCCAACGUACCUGCCAGCCGCUUAUGCGACAGCGCGCCACAAAACUUUAACACCAGUAUCGAGCACACAAAUUCUGCAAACUUGGUGUCUCACAUCGAAAAGAAUGGUGGUGGUGUUGGCUCCGCCAGUCAUUUCACGACGCUGUCAACAUGGCCUUCGCUGAACAAUGCUACGAUACCGAAUGCCCAAAAGCAAAAUGUGGAGAUUGGUGGUGGGAACACAAGCCGAUCCUAUGGUGUCCCGCACAAUCGAGCUAUGAAUGUGCCAAAUACUGGCAUGUUGCGAUCCAGCGCCCCGUCGAGCGCGACAAGUAAUCAGCAAUUGAGACCGUCGAAUGCCUUUGUUAUAUACAGUCAGCAACUUGCUCUUUUGGAAAAUCCCGACUCCCCUCUUUGGGCAUCGCGUCUUCGACACUCACUUAUAGAUAAACGGCUAAAGAAGCAAUUCUGUGAAGUAGACAAGCUAAUAGGGGACUCUAGGAAAAAAUUCAGAAAGCUGAGAGUCAUUUUCGAUGAAAAGAUGCGCCAGAGCGAUGAGUGGUACAAACGUGAGCAGAAAUGUGAGGAGCAAAUCAAACGGCUUGCCCAGGAAAACGAUGAGCUACUCGAUCUUCUCUUGGACAUUAAUAACUCGGCUCAAAUUCCUGCUGAUAAACGUUUUGACCUCUCACCGGGACCAUUACUCCCUGCGCUGCCUCCCCUUGUGAGCGAUGAAGCUCUUAGGGAAGCUGCAGAACUCAACACGCCUGCUGGUCAAGCCAUGUACAAAGAUAUACGUGCUAUGGUGGAAGAAAAAGCAGCCGCAGCUGCCGCAUCACUUGAUGGUGCCAAGCCUCCCAAAUCACUCUGCCAUCUUCUGGCGACUGUUCCUCAUAUGUCAUUGUUACAUCCUAACUUCACGCCUGAAGCUUUUGAAUCCAUAAAGGUUCCGGAAGGUUGUACGCACCCAUUGACGUAUUUAACACCCGACCAGAUGGACGACUAUCUUUUCGAUGUGGACGCUUCACUUGGAAAUGCCUCGGCCCCUCCGGUCCCAACUCCCCAAUCUCAGCCUACUCAGGAGAACCGGGAUCUAGCCCUCCGCAAUCCAAACAGUGUCUACAAUUGGCUUCGAAAAAACGAACCAAAAGUAUUUUUACAAGAUAACGAAGGUUCCGAAAAAUCUUCGGGCAAGCCAGGAGCAUUGCGAGGAGCUGGAAAACGUGCCAGCAUACCAGCACCUUCCAGACCUGACGCUCUUGAGUUCGUCGAAGAGGAUGGAAUUGGCUACGACGGUUCACUUACUGGUGCCUCUGCCAACAAAGGCAAACGAAAGAGAGAUGACGAUGAUGGAGGCACCUACCAUCCUAAGUCUGGAAAGCUUGAUGACACCGGCGCUAAGGUUAGAGUAAAGCGAGCGUACAACAGAAAGAAGCCUAAGAUCGAAAAUGGAGAGGAAAAGGAGAAGGAGAAAGAUAAAGAGACUCCAUCUAAGCCGGAAAAGAAGAAGACUUCUCGGAAACCAAAGGAAAAGCUCUCUAGUCCACCACCAGGUGCACAUCCUUUCGGACCUAUGUAA